AUGGACGCUUGCUUAAUCAAUGCUGGAACUACACGGCCAUUUUACGAUCCUCCUCGGUUAGACACGUCCCAACUGUCUCAGUCAGAUGUAGGAGGAGGUGGUGGUGGUGGUCAUUUGGAAUCAGUUGAUAUCGACGGCAAGUCUUCAACAGCUGGAUCUCCUGCAACAAGCGGUCAAAAUGACUGCAGUAAACUUGGAAAUGCUCAAGAAGCGCCGCCGACAGCGAACGGAACACAGGAAACUAUUAAAAAACCUUUACAUUCGACAUUGUGUAAUGUUACCGUACAACUGGAGUCUAAAGGCUUAUGGGAUCAGUUUGAUAAACUUUGUACAGAAAUGAUCGUUACGAAAGCAGGAAGGCGGAUGUUCCCAACGUUCCAAGUUCGUCUCUACGGGCUCGAUCCAAUGGUUGAUUACAUGGUCAUGAUGGAUUUUGUGCCCUGUGACGAUAAACGCUAUCGCUAUUCGUUCCAUAGUUCAAGUUGGAUAGUAUCAGGGAAAUCGGAACCCUAUGUUCCUGGACGGUUCCAUAUUCACCCUGAUUCCCCUGCCAAAGGAGCACAAUGGAUGAAACAGAUUGUGGCUUUCGAUAAACUCAAACUGACCAAUAACCCGAAAGAUUUGAACGGACAUAUAAUUUUGAAUUCAAUGCAAAAAUACCAGCCUCGUUUUCACGUGAUAUAUGAAGACCCCAAGAAAGACGAAAACAAAUAUCCCGAGACACAGAAUUUCAGAGCGUUUAUAUUUCCUGAGACCAAGUUCAUGGCUGUAACUGCCUACCAAAACCAUCGGAUAACCCAAUUAAAAAUUGCCAGCAACCCAUUUGCUAAAGGAUUCCGAGACUGUGACCCAAACGACUCAGUUGUUGAAGUGUUGAACAAUAUAACAACAGGGAACAGGAAACGAAAUCAUCACAGACCAAGUUCUCUCUCCUUAAAAUUAUUCAAAGAAGAUAAAGACUAUUUUGAAAAAGAACCUAGUAAUGCACAGUUGUCACGUGUUAUAAGUCCAAAUUUAUCAGGAGGAAUAAAUUUGCCGCUUUCUCGUGGUGUGGAGCCACCACGAACCCCACAAGGAUACUCGGACGGUUACAGCUACAAUCCUUACAGUCCAGCCUCGUAUAUGCCACCAGCCAAAGUCAGACCAAGUCCUUAUGCUCGAGAAAUGGAUUAUGCUUCAUACCACUCGCGGGUCAAAGGCUUUUACUCACGUGCAAACACAUUCAGGACACAAAUGCGUGAUCCAAUGACGUGGAGUACACAGCCAAUGACGUGAAGUACACAUCUAAUGACGUGGAGUACACAGCUGAUGAUGUGAGCGAGAUGGUUCUUUUCUAUCACUCACAAGUCAUAGUCUACACGCACACACACACACACACACUCAC